CAGUUCGAAUUUCGAAUGAACGUUCUCAUUCCGUUUCCAUCGGUUGGUUUUACAUAUCAUUCAUCGACUGCAUUCACAAGCAAGAGAUUUCACGAGAUGAAGUUCUUAGUACCUUUACUGCUUCUGGGGRGUGCACUGUGCACGUGCUUCGCCGAAGAGAACAUCGAGUGUGGAACCAAAGGAAAAGGAAUGGAAAGAAUUGUAGGUGGAACAAACGUAACUACUGUCGGUCAAUGGCCGUGGCAAGUGUCGAUUCAACUCAAACGUCAAGUUUUUCAUUUUUGUGGUGGGAGCAUCAUCAAGCCUAAUUGGAUAGUCACUGCUGCUCAUUGUUUCCAACCAAAUCCCAGUCCUUCGGAUUACAAAGUCAUUGCCGGUGAGCUUAACCUUGAGAAAAAGGGAGAUGACGAGCAAGAAAUGGACAUCGAGAAGAUCAUCCGACAUUCUGAAUUCAACAAAACCGGUAAUACGGAGAAUGAUAUUGCAGUUGUGAAGCUGAAAACCAAAAUUACAUUCAAUGAAAAGGUUCGACCUAUUUGCCUCCCAACAAAGCGUUUUCCGGAUGGAGAAAAUUGUUACGCUACUGGUUGGGGAUGGGUUAAACAGUGGAAGAAAGGCGACGAGCCAACAAAAAGCCCUAUUCUACAACAGCUCAAACUUCCCCUGGUUUCUGAUAAGAAGUGUAAAAAAAUGGUCAGAAAAAUGUUCRCGAGUCAGAUCUGUGGCGGCUAUAAACCAGAAGGUAAAGGCACAUGUAAGGGUGACAGUGGUGGACCGCUGGCCUGUAAGAACAAAUCUGGAGUAUGGGACCUGGCUGGAGCUGUGAGCUUUGGAUUAGGCGGGUGCGCUCAGGACAAUACAUAUGACUUUUAUGCCAACAUCGCUAAUCUCAAAGGAUGGAUUGAAAAUCAAAUCAAGAAUUAGUAUUCUUGCUCCAAAGAAACAAAUAUAAUGAAUAAAUGAAUAAACUGUCGAACAUU